UUAACACCAAAAAUUAUUUACAUCAAAAAGUAACCAAGAUCAAAGCAGAGCCCAGUGUAGAUCCAUUAACAACAUAUUCCACAUAUAACAGCCAUCAUCACCAACAUCACGACCACCACCAUGUGAACUUACCACUGAAGUCUGUUGCUAUAAAAGAGGAGACCUUGCUACUGCCAGAUCAGAUCUGUAGCACUCCAUUUUCUCGGCAGGUCAAGCCCUUUGCCAAGCUCUCACUGCUUCAACCUGUUGUUGAAAAUCCAAUGAAUUCUGUCAUUGCCUCCCGUGUAGUGCCUUCUGCAAAAUCUACAGCAGCAGUAGCAGCAACACCCCGAGAAAAAAGUGUGAUUGCCUCUGAGGACAGGUUCACCAACGCACAUCGUCGAAAACUAACUCAGAUCCUGCACAAGGAAGGGAAAGAUUCAAAAGACUACCGGAUAACCCGCAAGAAGAAAAACACAAGCCUUGACAAAGGUCGGGCAACAAGUUCAGAAACAGAAGUGUCAGCAACAAACUUGAGUACUAGUAGUUACCCUUCUCCUUCCUCUUCGACAUCAUCAGCAUCUGACGGGUCACUGGAUACAGGUGCAGUAGUGUCGGCCAAACAGUGCCGUAGAAGUGGUGAGGCACGAAACAACAGCAGCAGUUGCAAUGCCCGUCAUCGUCAGCAAAGUCGACUCUCUGCCAUGCCACCAACGCCAUGUUCUCUCACAUCGUUCGAAGGCAACACGUCGAGUGAUGAUGCCGAUGAGGAGGAGGAGGAGGAGGAGGAAGAAGAAGUGGAAAGGAGAGGUGGGGAGCAGGGUAGAGAUUUUGUAACUUUCCAACAGAGAAACUUGGAGGCUGAAGUACGGACUCUGAACUUUGAGAAUCUUUGAAAAAAAGAACUUAACAUAAACACGUUAGGGUGAGAGGGUCUAUUGAACCAUUUACCACACCACAACAACAAUGACAUUAACAAAAAAGCCUUAACAUUGAUGGGUGUAAUGUAAUGCAGGGGUGGGAGCAAGAGCAGAUCUAUGAAUAUUAGUUCGAUGGAACUGGAUUUGGUGUAAAACUCUGGGUGAGAAAAAGCAUUCUUCUAACUACACAUCACUUGUCCAACUCCAUUCUGUAAUAUGUGUGAGUGAUUUUUCACUUUUUUUUUUUGGUCUAGUUGGAGAGAACUGUGAACUGAAAUGAAUAUUCAAAAAUAUAAAAAAAAAAAAAGAAAGAAAAGAAAAAUGAAUAACCCCACUCAUUCCCGUUUCCCUUCCCCUCUUUUAUAUGCAUACAUAUAUAUUUUGUAAAAAAAAAUGAAAAGGUUGUAUAACAAAAUAGAAGGAAUCCCUACCCAUCCCCUCAAUAAACUUAUCAGUCUUCAUCCUUCAUCCCCUCUCCUCAGUACUAAUCGAAAGGACCCCAAGGUGGUAUUAUGAUUAUUAUUAUUACCACCACCCAAAAAAUUAUACACCCUUCAUAUAAAGUCUUACCUACAGACAUUUCUUAGACUCCCUCCAACAUUCUUAUGGUAAUGUCUACUUAAAGACACUUAUGGCAUGGAAGUAGAGUGUGGAGUUUUGUGCCAAUGUGGAAUAUGUUAUGGUAUUAAAUGAUGAACUUUUUGUUGACCAGAUCAAACUU